AUGUCCAAGCAACAACUGAACACCGUCGCCCCAACUGCUGAUGAAGUCGUCGAAGGCGAAUACGUCAACGUCGGAAGAGCCAGAAGCGCCACUGCCACGUCGACAUCUUCUAGGAAGGAUUAUGAAACGCUGGAGGACUUUUUGAAGCGAGACGAGUAUUCGGCGGAAACCAAGAGAGACAAAUUCAAGAAUGUCCAAGUGCAGAGUCUUGAUAAUUCGUAUAAAGCCCGGAAGAAUGACUUGUCGUUGCAGUAG